GUUUUUAUAUGAGAUGAAAACCACUUUACUGAAAAGAGAAGGAAAUCCAGUGAAGUAAUUUAGAUGCCCAAAUCAAAUAAAAAAGUUAUGAGUUUACACAUAUAUAAUUGUUUACUAGUAUUUAUUGUAAUUAAAAGAGUUGUUGGUUAAGUCACAUAGUAGUGCUCAUUGUUUUUGUUUCUAUAUCGUGGGGUUAAACUUCAAGGGCCACACUUAAUCCGCACAUUCUUAAUUAGAUAAUAGUAUUAUAAUGAAGGAGUGUAUGGUAAUUAAUACAUAUAUACGAAACUUCCCAUCAAACAACCUCAUCGAUAUAUAUGCAUAUAUACGAAGAAGCGCAUCACAUCUCCUAGUUAAUAAUCUCGAUUUGGACAAAAGACAGAGAACGAUGGAGUCUUGCCAGCAAAAGGUUAUGGAGAAGCUGCUUCACGGCCAUGGGUGUGCCAACCAGCUCAAGCUAAUCAUGGACCACCACGCCGAGUCAGAUUCGUCCGUUGAAAGGGAGGAUCUGGCCAAGUCCGUCCUCCAUUGUUUCUCGGAUGCUCUCUCCAUUUUGAUCGAUACGAAUGAUCAUAACAAAGAUGAUGAUAAAUCCAAUAACUCAUCUCCCCAAGACUCUUCACAUGUUCUUGAGAGCAGCAGGAAACCUUUUCACAAGAGGGGAAGAAAGACAUCAAUGGCGGAGAGCUCAGAUUACCGCAGACACGAAUCCCCAAACCCGAUCUACCACGACGGCUUUCUUUGGAGGAAAUACGGACAAAAGCAAAUCAAAGAAUCGGACCACCAAAGGAGUUACUACAAGUGUGCGUACACAAACGACCAGAAAUGCGAAGCAAAGAAGCAGGUUCAAAUGAUCCAAAACAACCCUCCAUUGUACUCAACCACUUACUUCGGCCGCCACACAUGUCAGCUUCAUCAAGCCUUUGAAACUUUUCCCAUUGACACCUCAGAUCCCCAAGAUUCACGCAUGAUCCGAUUUGAUAACCCAGAUUCCUCUACCCAUCAACAUCAAAAUCAGAUAAUUCAUCUCAAAGCUGAACAAAUGAUGCCCUCUGAGAAAGCAGAAGAGUGGUCGUCCCCAUCUGAGUAUAUGUCCUCCGAGGUUGCCUACGCUGUGGAGGCUUUCGGGUUUAACCCUGCUCGCACAUCAAGUGACUUAUCAUGACCAUAUAUGCCCUUCCCGUCGCUAUCAUCAGACAUCUAAAGCAACUUUAGUUAUUUGUUUCCUCAUAAUAUCCUAUAGUAUACCUCCUGUUACUUUUUUUUUGUGUUUUGCAUCUCAUGUAUUUGCCUACCUCUACUUUGAACUUUUGUUUUGAGUUUAAUAUUAAUCAGCUUUAAUAACG